AUGACCCAUCAGGCCAAACGACGACGGGUUGGAACCCAGCCGACUGCCACUGUAGGCAAUGGCAUUGAGGGUUUGGACGGUUACUACUCACCGGCAUCGAAAUUCGAGCAGGAUUCCUGGAAUGGAUUCUGUGAGCUGGAUUCGGAACCGGCUCUUUUCAAUGUGAUGCUCCGGGAGUUCGGAGUAAAGGGGAUCAAAAUCCAAGAGGUCGUGUCGCUUGACGAGGAGAUGAUGGCAUUUCUGAAUAAACCCAUAUAUGGUCUGAUUUUCCUGUUCCGUUGGCGCGAGGAUGAUCCAGAUAAGCAAGAAGCGAGCUGCCCGGAGGGCCUCUGGUUUGCUAAUCAGACAGCCAGCAAUGCUUGCGCCAGUGUGGCGCUUCUAAACAUCGUCAACAACAUCACCAAUAUCGACCUUGGGGAGAAUCUACAGAGUUUCAAAGACUUUACCAUGCCGUUCACACCCGCACUGAGGGGAGAUGCAAUAAGUAACUUCGAAUUCGUCAAAAGAAUACAUAAUUCAUUCGCCAGAAAGAUGGACAUGCUUAGCUCAGACUACCAGCUCAAAGCUGAGGCUACAUCCAAGCGAAGUAGGCCAGCCAAGAACAAGCCCGCUGAUAACAAAGCAGACGCAGGGUUUCAUUUCAUUGCCUUCGUCCCUGCCUUGGGUAAAGUUUGGAAGUUCGACGGCUUAGAACGUCAACCUCAGGCGCUUGGCUCUUGCGCAUCGGAUGAAGAUUGGCUGAGCCUGGUAAAGCCUGAUAUUCGCGCCAGAAUGGAGGCAUAUGAAGAAGAUCAGAUAGAGUUUUCUAUCCUGAGUGUUGCUAGAGAUCCGCUCCCUGAGCUUGUCAAUCAAUUAGCUGCCAAUGUAAGGGGCCUAGAAAUCAUUCAAGAGCGCUUGAGCUCAAUCUCCGAGAGCUCUGCUGGUCUUGAAUCCACUCUGGCGGAUUCGAUAUACGAAAAUACCAUCCUGGGACCGGAUGAAAGCUAUGCGUUGACGAGGAAAACCAUCGACGAAGUGACCGUCCAUGAAAGACAAGAGAAAGAAUAUCGGGCAUGUUCAGUGGAAGAACUUGUUCAUCAUCGGCAGAGGUUGGGUCAGGCUCAACAGGAACUACGAGCAGCAAUCCGAGAGGAGCAACAGUCUCAGCAAAUGGAUGAGGAUCAUGCUGAAGGACGAAGAUAUGAUUAUGGCCCGGCCAUUCGAACGUGGCUACGCUUUCUAGCGCGCAAAAGGCUGAUAGAGGACUUGCUGUGA